CUGACAAGAUAUGAGGACAGUUUAGCAUCCGAUUUGAGAAAGAUGGUUAAUAAUCAUGGUUCCAAAUAGAGACAGAAAUUCUUGAAAGACAGGCACACUGGGACAAACGUUCUCGUCGUUUGGGUGAUCGCAGAGUCGCCUAGCUAGGGUCGCAUUGCUCAGCUGCUGCAUGGUUUCAAAUGAGCGAUUACAGAGGCAAUUACGGGUUGGCGUAGCAUGGGACGACUGCUUUAUGCAAUAAGAAGUUAUCGCGCUGAGUCACUGACGUAGUGCUCAGUUACAGAUGUCAUGAUUAAGCAAGCAUAAAGAUUUCAAUACAAAUACCAGCUCUGAACCCCUCAUCGAUUAUCAUCAUCAGAUAUCAUCCUUUCCUCCUCAUCCUCAUCAACUUCAGCUAGAUCUUUCAACAUGUCGUCUCCUAAAAUCGCAAUCAUCAUUUACACCAUGUACGGCCAUAUCGCUAAGAUGGCCGAGUCCGUCAAGGGUGGUAUCGAAUCCGCUGGAGGUUCUGCUACCAUUUACCAGAUUGCCGAAACACUGCCGGAGGAAGUCCUCGCAAAGAUGUACGCUCCUGCGAAGCCAGACUAUCCUCUCAUCACCCCGACCGAACUUGCCAACUUCGACGCCUUUAUCUUUGGUGUCCCUACUCGUUAUGGCAAUUUCCCUGCCCAGUGGAAAGCUUUCUGGGACGGAACUGGUAGUCUGUGGGUCAACGGUUCUUUGGCCGGAAAAUUCGCGGGUGUCUUCGUCUCUACAGGCACCCCAGGUGGAGGACAGGAAGCUACCAUCAUCAACUCCCUCUCCACUCUCACCCACCACGGCAUCAUCUACGUCCCCUUGGGUUACAAACACACAUUCGCACAACUCGCUAACAUAACUGAAGUUCGCGGUGGUUCGCCUUGGGGUGCUGGUACCUUCGCUGGGCCUGACGGCGCACGCCAGCCUACAGCCCUUGAGCUCGAAGUCGCUACCCUCCAAGGCAAGGGCUUCUGGGAAAUUGUCUCCAAGUACAAGUUCUAGAGCAACUCCAUAAACACAUAUGUACGGUACUUUGCAGACUUCAUAAUAGCUACAUAUGCACGUGGAAGAAAAAUCAUAUUUGAUGUGUAAAAGAUCUUUUAUUGGCUCAACAAAC